AUGGCUGCUGCAGGCCCAAUCUACACGACCUCCAAUGGUCGUCCCAUCACCUUCGCCAGUGCUUCUCAGACUGUCGGCGACCACGGUCCCGUCCUCCUACAGGACUUCCACCUCAUCGAUCUCCUUGCCCACUUCGACCGAGAACGCAUUCCUGAACGGGUCGUCCAUGCCAAGGGUGCGGGAGCUUUUGGAGAGUUUGUCGUGACCCAUGACAUUACCGAUGUGACGUCGGCCGACCUGUUUAGCGAGGUUGGAAAGAAGACUCAGGUUGCUGUCCGCUUCUCCACCGUCGGAGGGGAAAAGGGGUCGGCCGAUGCAGCCCGCGACCCACGAGGCUUCUCCAUCAAGUUCUAUACAGAACAAGGUAACUGGGACCUGGUCGGCAAUCAUACACCAAUCUUUUUCAUCCGGGAUGGCAUAAAGUUCCCCCAGUUUAUCCACACGCAGAAGCGGAAUCCUCAAACAAACCUCAAGGAUGCGACGAUGUUUUGGGAUUUUCUAUCCAGCAAUCAGGAGUCGGUGCAUCAGGUGAUCCAGUUGUUCAGCGACCGGGGCACGCCACGGUCAUAUCGCCAUUGCGAUACCUUCUCCGGCCACACGUUCAAGUUCACCAAGAACGACGGGUCGUUCAAGUAUGUGAAGUUCCACAUGAAGACGGACCAGGGCCACUGGGACAUGACGAACGAGGAGGCCGCGGCCCUGACGGGAAGCAAUCCCGAUCACGCCACGGAGGAUCUCUUCAACGCGAUUGAACGCGGCGAGUAUCCCUCGUGGACUCUGUACGUGCAGAUCCUGGACCCGAAGGACGCAGAGAAGUUCCGCUGGAACAUCCUCGACGUUACCAAGGUGUGGCCGCACUCGGAAGUGCCCCUGCGUCCCGUGGGCAAGAUGACGCUCAACCGCAACCCGGAGAACUACUUUGCAGAGAUUGAGCAAGUCGCAUUCUCGCCCGCCCAUCUGGUCCCGGGCAUCGAGCCUUCGGCGGACCCGAUGCUGCAAGCCCGCCUGUUCUCGUACGCCGACAGCCAGAGACACCGGCUCGGCGUGAACUACCAACAAAUCCCCGUCAACCGCCCUCUGCACGCGUAUGCGCCGUUCCAGCGCGACGGCUUCAUGGCCGUCACGGGAAACUAUGGCGCCAGACCCAACUACCCGUCGCCAUUGAAGCCCAACACCUACUUACCCGUGGACAAGCCCAUCGACGCCGCGCACGAGACCUGGGUGGGUCGAGCCGUGCACAACCUGCAGCCCGUGACGGACGAGGACUAUGUGCAGGCAAACAUGCUCUGGGAGGUUCUGGGCCGUACCAAGGACCAGCAGGAGCACCUGGUGCAUAACAUCUCGGUGCAUCUGUUUGCCGCGAUCAAAGAAGUCAGGGAGAGGACGUAUGGGAUGUUCGAGCGGGUGAACAAGGAUCUGGGGAGGAGGGUGAGGGAGGAGACCGAGCGUGUCAGGGCGACCAAGGGGCUCAACGCAGCAGAGUAG